AUGCCCGUCGAUACCGCUGCCCGACUCGCUGCCCUGCGUGCCGAAUUGGCCCGCGAGGGCAUCCAGGCCUUCAUCAUCCCUGCCGAAGAUGCUCACCAGUCCGAGUACAUUGCCGCCCACGACGGCCGAAGAGAGUUCAUUUCCGGUUUCAGCGGCUCUGCCGGCCUCGCUGUUGUCACGACCGACAAAGCUGCCCUCUGGACCGAUGGCCGCUACUUUCUCCAGGCCUCUCAGCAGCUCGACUCGAACUGGAUCCUGCAAAAGGCUGGCCUGCCCAACGUCCCCACCAAGGAGGAGUGGCUCCUGGAUGUCCUGCCUCCAUCCUCCAAGAUUGGCGUCGAUCCCAAGCUCCUGACAGUCGCGGCUGCCCGAGUUCUGGCCGAGUCCCUGAGCAAGAAGAACCACCAGAUCGUCUAUACCACUGCCAACCUCGUCGACAGCGUCUGGAGCGACCAGCCUACCGUCCCCACAAACCCCGUCGCCGUUCACCCCAUCCAGUAUGCCGGCUCCGCAACCUCCGAGAAGAUCGCCACUCUGCGCGAGAAGAUUGCCGCCAAGAAUGCCUGGGGCUUUGCCGUCACGGCCCUCGAUGAAAUCGCUUGGCUUUUCAACCUCCGUGGCUCCGACAUCUCCUACAACCCCGUUUUCUUCUCCUAUGCUCUGGUCACCAAGGACCAGGUCAUCCUCUACAUUGACGAAUCGAAGCUCUCCGAAGAGGUUCGACAGCAUCUCGGCGAAGGUGUCCUGAUCCGCCCCUACACCGCCAUCUUCACCGAUCUCCCUCAAUAUGCUGCCCAGUACUUGGCCGAGGAUCAGAAGCUGUGGAUCGAUAGCCGUUGCAAUGUCGCCCUCCAGAGUGCCCUUGGUGGAUCGCAAGCCACUAUCGAGUCGCGGUCCCCCAUCAUGGACAUGAAGGCCAUCAAGAACGAGACCGAACUGGAAGGCUUCCGCCAGUCCCACAUCCGCGACGGCGCUGCUCUGAUCGAGUACUUUGCCUGGCUCGAGCACGAGCUCAACAACAACCACAACACCACCAUCGACGAAGUUGCCGCUGCUGAUAAGCUCGAGGGCUUCCGCAGCACCAAAGAAAAGUUUGUCGGCCUCAGCUUCGACACCAUCUCCUCGAUCGGUGCCAACGGCGCCAUCAUCCACUACAAGCCCACCCCCGGCGCCUGCGCGACCGUCAACAACACCGAGAUCUAUCUGUGUGACUCGGGUGCCCAGUACCUCGACGGCACCACCGAUACCACCCGCACUCUUCACUUUGGCACCCCCACCGAGGAGGAGAAGGACGCCUUCACUCGCGUGCUCAAGGGACACAUCCAGCUCGAUCUGGCGGUCUUCCCGCGAGGCACCACCGGAUACGUUCUCGAUGUCCUGGCCCGCACCGCUCUGUGGAAGGGCGGUCUGGACUACCGCCAUGGUACCGGACACGGCGUUGGCUCCUACCUCAACGUCCAUGAAGGCCCCCACGGCAUCGGCAUCCGCAUUGGCUACAACGACAUUCCCCUCGCUCCCGGCAUGGUCAUUUCCAACGAGCCUGGCUUCUACAACGACGGCAAGUUUGGUAUCCGCAUCGAAAACAUCAUCCUCGUCAAGGAGGUCGAGACCCCCAACAACUUUGGAGGUGUUGGCUAUCUCGGGUUUGAGCACGUUACUCUGGUGCCCAUUCAGCGCCGCCUGAUCAAGGUUGAGCUCCUGACUCCUGAGGAGCGCGACUGGGUCAACAGCUACCACCAGGAGAUUCUGCAGAAGGUCUCGCCCCUGCUCUCCGAGAACGGUCUUGCCCUGGAGUGGCUCAAGCGCGAGACCCUGCCGAUCUAA